GGAGCAGACGGUUGGUUCAGCAAAUGGCCGAGUCGGUGAUUAGGGCUCUAUAUGGUAAAUCGACGUCGUUAAAUUUGAGUUCAAAGAAAAUAAGAGACGUCCCCACGGGUGUUUCCAGAUUAACAAACCUCUCGGUUCUCCUGCUGAACAACAACUCCAUCGCCGCGCUGCCUGCCGAGCUGCGCUCUCUACGACACCUGGCGGAGCUGAAUUUGGGGAAUAAUGCCUUGAGGGAGGUGCCCGCUGUGUUGGGCCACCUGGGGUACUUGAAGAAGCUGUAUCUGUUCAGCAACCAAAUUACAGCGGUGCCACCUGAGGUGAUAGGUGGAUUACCGAACCUUGUUGUGCUCAAUCUGAACCACAACCAGAUUCAGAGACUUCCACCAGAGAUUAAAAGUUUAAGCAAGCUUCAACAUCUCAGUGUGCUGGACAAUAAGCUGGAGGAGGUCCCUGCUGAGCUCGGUCAUCUCCCUAAGUUGUCUGAGAUAAACUUGACCUCCAACAAGCUGUCUCGGCUUCCUCAGCAGCUGUACCAGUGUAAAGACCUAACCAAGCUACACGUAGCCAGAAACAAACUGACCAGCCUACCAGAGGGAAUUAGGGCACUGACAAAACUCCAGGUCGUGGAUGUGGCUGGGAACAUGUUGUCAGUGUUCCCUGCUGAGUUUCACCUGCUGCCCCUGAAGGAGCUCUACUGUGAAGGCAACAGGUUUGUGCGCUGUGAGCCAAUGCCAUCGGUGCAGGAUGCAGAGGUACUUACAUUAAAGGAACUGGUUGCCAGAUUUGUCUUGCGGGAGGACAGGAACAGAUCUUCUCUGGUCCACAGGAUGCUUCCCCACUACCCAUGUCUGACUGCCCUGUUGGCCAAUGGCAGCUGCUGUGCGCUCUGCAUGGGCCCCAUCCUCACCACCUGGCUGGAGUGUGUGCAUUUUAUCAAUCUGAGGAAGGACAUGAAAAUAAGGAGUUCGCUAACUGUUCCAGUGCGCGCCCUUCUUUGUUCAUACAAGUGCUUUAAUAGAGAUGGACACUCCUACUAUGGUGUCGCUACAAGAUAAAUACAAG